AUUGGCCAAUUGAGGGCGCGGGGGCGGUCCCCUCGCGCUGAUUGGCCGGCGAGCCCGUCCCGGCGGCGCGCGCUGACCUUGCCCAGAGGAGCCGCAGCCAUGGUGGCGUAUUGGCGACAGGCCGGGCUCAGUUACAUCCGGUACUCGCAGAUCUGCGCCCAGGCCGUGCGGGCCGCCAUGAAGCCGCAGUACAAAGCGGAGGCGGAGAGGGCGGCGGUGGCCACGGUGAAAACGGUGAAGCCCAAAAAGGAGUGAAAUGAACUGACCUGCGGUGAAUAACAGCAAACUGCAGAGCUGUAGGAAAGCUCAAGACUCUGCAGCCUGAUGUCAUCACAUCAACUGUAAAACUUGCCUCUGUAUGUAAAUCAGUAUGCUAAUAAAUGUAAUGGCUGAAUGUG